AUGGCCAUAGUCCAAGACGCCUUGACUCACGGCAAAGAGGUAUUCGUGCCGUAUAUCCAUAGCAUAGACUCGCCGUCUUCGACGCAGAAGAAGACCUCCAUCAUGGACAUGUUGCUUCUGCAGUCUAUGGAAGAAUUCAAAUCUCUUGAACCUGAUAAGUGGGGAAUACCAUCGCUCACUAAGGCCCAAGUUGAGAACAAGAGAACCUGUUUUGGGACAAUAGGUGUCUCCCCAAACACGGUGGAGGAUGCUACGCAGAGAUUCGAGGGGCUUGAUUUGAUAGUCAUGCCUGGAAUGGCUUUCGAUCAAGAGUUCCGAAGACUGGGUCAUGGUAAAGGUUACUAUGAUCAUUUCUUGACGAGGUACUCGAAGAAGGUAGCCGAGAAAAAGACGACAACAUCAAAAAUGCCUUUACUCGGUGAGGAGCAGCCGCAUCCGAAACCCAAACUCCCGUUAAAUGACCUUACUAAUUCCACAUAG